UUAAUUGAUUACAGUACAAUUUUCAAGCUGUGUAGUACCUGGGACUAAUUUCAAGUUCCCUAAGUGUAAGAUAUGUUGAACAUGUGCACACUGGUCCGGGUUCCUUUAUUUGUUUGCCAAAACCUCUAGCUCUCGAACCAUUUAAUUUUUUCGUAUUCUGCCUUCGGGGAUCGAGAUAUGAAGUUCCAAGGGGCAUAAGCUAUGCAACUCUCAUUGAAGCCACACCCCUUUGGGGGUGUGGUCACAGGUGGAUAUUUAUUUUAUUGCAUUACCCCAUCAAGUGGGGUGUCAUUUGAAAGGUCUAAUCAAGCUCUAAACAACUCCGACCAUUGUUGGGACAUUAUCGGCACACCCACUGCCAGGGGGGUGUGGUCAAAAUACAAAUUUGAAAGUUUUGUUUUGAUAAUUCUGAGGAUGUAUUUUCAUAAAAUGACAAUAUUCUAUAGUUUUAUGAAGUAUUUCUACCCUCUAGCUUGAUUAACAAAGAAAAUAGGACAAAAAUUAUAAAUUUAGUUAUGCCUCCUCAGGGGGUCACCAAUUCCUAAAAUCCCCCCGCUCGUAAUUAAUUUUUUAGAGGGGUUUGGUUUACCAUAUUUCCUUCCCCUAGGACUUGGCAAGAUAUUUCGAGGCGAUUGUGUUAUUUGGAACACUCGAAAAUUUCAUACGUGACAAUAAUGGAACACUCCAGCUAUUUUGCGUAUGGCAAUUUGCAAUUACAUAAAUUCAAAUCUCUCUGCCUAUUUAUAAUGGUGGCAGCUGGUGGCAGCAGUUUUUGUAGAUUAGAUAUGGGGGAUUAAUAAUACAUUAACGGUUCAUCAGAAAAGCACAGGAAUAGACAGGAUUUUCAACUUGAAGUUUUCCCCAUUUAGCCCAAUGUUUUCAGCCAAGUUUGAGUAUACGCCACGCCUUCACCGGUGGAACAAUCCAAAUGAAACUUUCCACAAUUGAACAUCUAUGUCAAAGGUACUGAAGGGGGUACUUCGUUUUCGAAUCGGUGAGAAUAGGUUUUGGCCAAUAAAUUCAGUAUUCCGGAACAACGUGAUGUGCCAAGAAGUGAUUGUCCUGAUUUUAGCAUUAACAAUAAGGAUGACAUACGUAUGUAUGUGUAUAUAAAUAUACAUAUUGUAAUGAUAACAGAAAGGAACAAGUAAAUUUGUUGUGUAAGAAGAUAACUGAUGGGGUGAAAAACAUCAAGAACUUCAUGCAGUUGUACCGGUGUGCUGCAAUUUUGAAUAUAAUCUCAUUCACCCCCAACAAAUAUGAGACUGGGUUGUUUUGAUUCGGGCUUGGGCUUUUCCUAAAAAGCCCAAGCCCGGCUGGGCAGAAGCCCGCCCAGGCCCGGCCCAACUAAAUUUGGUUCCUCAAAAGCCCAGGCCCGCCCAAGCCCAGUUGCUGACAGGCCCACCCGCCCAAAGCCCAAUGGGCCUGGGCGGGCCCGGGCUAGCCCAGUUAAAGCCCAGGCCCGGCUCACUUCUACUGCGAAGGACACUUCCUCCGGAUUCAGCCAGGUUCAUCGCAGACAUUCGUGGACGCAAGAGAUUGGAACGACACUGCUAUGACGCGCAACAAAGACAUUAUUUUUGGCUCAAUCUGGCCAUGUUUGGAGAAAUGUGACCCUCAGAAUUGGCUCGGAAUGGAGAGGAAUCUUUCAACUAGUGUCACGCUUUAUAGCAAAUCGGGUUACGCUGGAAUCAAUCGUACAUACUCAAUAUCGGGGAUGGAGUGCAUCCCUACGCCAUCCGUGAGACAGUGGGAGUCCAUCAAAAUUUUAGGAAACGUCACAACCACGUGUGUCGAAUUACAUGAAGACGCCACGUGUGGGGGGUACUCGGUGCAGGUACGGCCUGGUUACCCAUACUUGAGUACGAUCAACUGGUGGGGCUUCCAUCGUCAGAAACAUCCUCCUGUUGACGUCAGAUCGAUCUCACUUUGCGGAAAGAAUUGCAUGAAUGACAACUCAACUUCAAUGACCCCGGGGUGGGCAAUUCUGUUAAUUUUAUUGGCAAUCUUAUUCGUCCUUGGGUUUGGGGGGUAUAUGUUUUUCAGCGGUAUCGAAAUGUACAGCUUGCCCACCCCAGUCGCCGGCUCGACACGAUCGCUCUCCACACCUGUCCCAGAAAUUCUGACCGCCCAAGGUCUGAAGGGGAUUGAUAUUUAUUCACACAAGUGACUGGAUAGUUUAUACGGAGCUCUUUUAUAUUAAAUACGUACGUUGUGUUAAUUAACAUUUAUGUAGAUAGUGCAUACAAACUAUUAUGGUUUAUUUAACUUGUGUCGAAUUAUUAUGCCUCAUUUUGUCGUCCCAUUUUCUCAUUUAUAUAUCUCGUUUUGCAUUGCAUUUAGUUGGCGUCCCUAAUGACUGACCGUGACUUAAGUACUACCGCAUGCUAACCAAACAAGUUGCGCUUUGGGUAUGGACAGCGUAAAAAAUUUGUAAUCCUUCACACAGUGGCGAAAGAACACAACUUUUGAAAAUUGAUGUGAAAUGGGGCAAAUUGUAGUACAAUUUGUACGUAUGUAGAUGAUGAUAAUGUGGAAAUAUUAUCCAUUAUACUCAGGGUUUUAAUCAAAAAGUAACGAGCCAGGGGUUUUAAUGUUUUUUUUUUGUUUUAUGGGUUUUAUUAUGUUUUAAGCAACACACUCAACAACAAAUUUUCGCAACUAUUGCAGAUGUAUGUAUAUACAUGUGUAAAUACGUAUUCUACUGACAGUUGCAAUUGUACUAUUGCUACUACAUACUAUGUAUAUAGAUACAUACAUACAUAGACACAUAUUCGUGUUUCAAUGCUUAACUGCAGAAAUGCACAAGCUAAUAAUAUCCACCAAUAUAGCGUAAUAUGUAUAUAAGUAUUUAUGCAAAAUAUAUAAAUGUGUUUGUAAUUGAGAAGUUAAACACCGUGUACAGUAUUUCUAUCUUCUAGCAGCAUGCUAGCAUUCAAUGUAGCUACAUACAUAACU